UCUUCUUCAUUCUCGUUACCCUCUCUCUCUCUCUCUCUCUCUCUCUCUUUAAGGUCUCUUUGGCUCUUUCGUAGAAGAACCAUUUUUUUUAAUCCUAAGGAGAGACGACGCAGAUAUUAUCAUUAGUUUUCUUUUGUUUAGGAAUCAGAGAGAGGAACGAUGGAGAAUGAUUUCAGGGUGAAUAUUGUUUCUUUGGAGAUGGAUCGUGGCGCUGCGGAGGAGGCGUCUUCUGAAUCUCAUCAGAGCGAGUCGACUCUAUCCAACUCGCUCGAGUCCGGUGUCACCGCUGAUACCUCUCGUUGCGAUGCUGAUUCGAAACUGGAUGAAUGUGCUGAGUGGACGAAUGAGAAACACAACUCAUAUCUCGAUUAUUUGGAGAACUCCUUUGUUAGGCAGUUGUAUUCCUUCCUUGGAGGAGAGAAUCAGAAGAGACUUUCUAGAACUCGUGAUGUGCCGUCUAACUCUCCCAAAUCCACUGAUCAGUUUACUGUCUUACAAAAUGGCUGCUGGCAAAAGGUUAAUUUUGGAAAGAAACUAGCUCAUUCCGAGGCGUCUUCUGAGUUUCGUUCUCAAAAAAAUACAUUAAGAAGCAAGCCUCAAAAUUCCAACGGAAACGGUACCUUGGGAACUGCUGUCCAAUGUUCAAGGACAUGUCAUGAAGAAACCAAACACUCAGAGGCGUCAGGUCAAAAUUUCAGAGAAGAAGAAGAUGAAGAAGAGGAGAAGGGAGAGGUUAGCAGAAAACGCGAAAGAGAAGCAAACAACGAUGAUAGCUCAUUGAAGGAGGACCAGGUUGUGCCGGUAAGGAUGGUGAAGCCCAGAAUGUGAAAGCUUUAGGAAGUGUAGAUGAAUUACUAUGAAUAGAGAUAAAGAAUAGAAAGUGUGGGUGACGAAUGUGGAGAGGGUUUUGUUUGUUGUAUAGAGUGAGGCUAAAGAGAGCCUUAUAAAGGGAUCUAAUGGGAUGGAAAUAGCAUUGGUUUUUUGUGUCUCUUAAAUAUUGUCUAUGCUAACUAGGAAAUAUUUGGUAGUAUUAGUAUGAUCGGCAAAUUUAAAUUCUUUUUUUAUUUAUUUCAUAUAUCAUAUAUACUUUACACC